AUUUUGUACUCUUCUCUCACACGCGGGAUUGCCCUCUUUCUCCUAGGGUUUCUUUGCUGCCACGGAAGACCCAACUCCAUCUCCUCUCUUUGCCUUACAACACCAUGAACUCUCGGCCGAAGCAGGUUAAAAUUUGAGCUCCUGUCCAGAAAUCGAUACCAAGCGGCUCGCAUUCUUCGCACAUCACACAUCGCCCUCUCACCCUAUCACCCAAACUCUGGACACUCCAGACCUUCGUCUCCGACAUUGACGCUUAGAGGCGAUGCACCACGCCUUGCAAGUAGUUAGUAUCAUCAGCGGUGACACCGGUCGCGGCCUCCAUGGAUCUGAAAUGCUCUGGCAGUAUUCCAACUCACCUCUUUACUCUCUUAUCCUACGAACGUGGCCCCGUGCCGGAGCUCAUGCCUCCCUCUCUUAUAUCUCUUGUAGUUAUUCUCCUUUAGCUUCCAGCUCACGCCUUUCACAAAACGCUUUGAAACUCUCAAAACUUCAAGAUCUGGACCAACAGAUGCCUCCAUUUUUCCCAACAAUGGCCGAAAUCCAAAUGCAUAGCAUGGUUACUCCCUUGUUCCAAGAAGCUGAAGUUCGUGGUUUAAAUUCAAACCGAGUUCUCAAGGAAGAUUGCAGACCCAAACUGAGGGUUCCUAGGCCUAAGAUCCGUCUGAGUGGGUGAGUUGAGGGGAAAAUCCAGGUGGCAGAUGAGGAAUGGAGGGCUUUCAGGCUUGCUCCAACUUGGCAAGCCUGGAUUGGAGGGCAUGGUAUCUUUCUUUUUUUUUUUUUUUGCAUUGUCCUUUUCUGUGGCUAACCAACUUUCCUUUUUCUCUCUUCUGUGCACAGGACUCCAGAUGGUAGCACAGGGAUGGAGGGCUUUUGGGAACCUCCAGGUGGCAGCCCGGGGGUGGGGGAAAUAGAGAUUUGCUUUUUUCUUUUGUAUUUUGUAUUAUUUUAUUUGUUUUUAUUUUUCUGUAUUAUGCUGAUGUGCCCCCGAUUCCCCUUUCCUGCAACUUCUUACACUUUUUAUUUCCAUGUAUCUCUGAAUUUCUUAUUUCUUGUAUCAUCCUUCUUAAGUAUGUAUGUCAUUUAUUUUUGUGCGUUGUAAACUCCUACAUGUACAGUGGACUUCACCUGCACGUGCACGUGCACCUACACCACACUGGAGGCAUGUGCUCCACUUCUCUUCUUUAAUAAAGUGCGUGUGGUUUU